CCCUACAGCGCAGUACAGUCGAGCAGCGGCUGGUCAGGCCGAGUCGAAGACUCCCGGAGGAACAACUUUGGUCCACACAGGGACUCCCUCAUUAACCGAACUGCUCUGUUUUUCUGUUUAUGGGGUGGCUCAAGCCGAGAACCUUCCCCGAACAGUUUUAUCCCUCGGCGGGCGUUUCCCCCUGUUUUAUCCGCUUUGAAUGUCGGGUGAAGCUGAAUAAGGCAGCCGCCAUGGCCAGCGGACGGAGCGUGGAGCCCCUCAGCCUCAGCAGGAGCAGCUAGCUUCGUUUGAAGAAGAUUGGCUCGCCAAGUUACCUGAACGCCGGAAGCUACCGAGAUAAGCUCUGUAAAGAGACUCCGUUAGGAUUUUCUCUAACGUUUAUCUGCCUGUCUACUGCUGAAUCUCACUUCACGAGCGCAGGGCUAGCUAGCUUAGCUAAAUCGCUUCUGUUGCUAGGUGCUAGCAGCUAGCUGGCUAACACUGUCCAGGCGGUUUUUUGUUGGACGAGACCGGGUGGUUUUCUCAUUUAAUACCUAUUCUUGUCAGCUCAACUCCGGUUUGUGUUCACUGACUAUACAAUUCCAGCUAAGCGAGCUGUUUAAAGUGACUGUAGCCGUUUUUUGAGGGCACGGAUUCGUCGCGCUGACCGUAAAGACCGAGUUGAGGAAAUUUAGCUGACCAGCACAGAAUCGCGAACAAGGACAGCGUGGAGUCGACAGCGGGUUUUUUCUGCUCAGUGAUAAGAAAGAUUGCCUGUUAUCUAAGAAGUGAAAAGGGUCAAUCGUUUUGGAAAGGAAACGAGCGGCUGGACGUGCUGUCGGUGGAGAAACCCAGGGGGGAGAAAAGCUGAGAAAUGUCGGGGCGGCCAAGAACCACCUCCUUUGCGGAGAGCUGCAAGCCCGUGCCGCAGCCCUCAGCUUUCGGCAACGUGAAAGUCAGCCGAGAUAAAGAUGGCAGUAAGGUGACAACAGUGGGGGCGACCCCAGGGCAGGGUCCAGACAGGCCUCAGGAGGUCAGCUACACGGACACUAAGGUCAUCGGAAAUGGCUCUUUUGGUGUGGUCUACCAAGCCAAGCUCUGUGACACCGGAGAGCUGGUGGCAAUCAAAAAAGUGCUGCAGGACAAGAGGUUUAAGAACCGUGAACUACAGAUCAUGAGGAAGUUGGACCACUGCAACAUUGUGCGUCUGCGUUACUUCUUCUACUCCAGUGGAGAUAAGAAAGAUGAGGUAUACCUGAACUUGGUGCUGGACUACGUUCCAGAGACUGUCUACCGAGUUUCCAGGCAUUACAGCCGAGCCAAGCAGAUCCUUCCCAUACUCUAUGUGAAGCUGUACAUGUACCAAUUGUUCCGGAGCUUGGCGUACAUCCACUCAUUUGGGAUCUGCCAUCGAGACAUCAAGCCCCAGAACCUGUUGCUGGACCCUGAGACAGCUGUGCUCAAGCUCUGUGACUUUGGCAGUGCUAAGCAGCUGGUGCGUGGUGAGCCCAACGUCUCCUACAUCUGCUCUCGUUAUUACCGAGCCCCUGAGCUCAUCUUUGGAGCCACAGACUACACCACCAGCAUAGAUGUGUGGUCAGCUGGUUGUGUGCUAGCGGAGCUUCUGCUGGGCCAGCCCAUCUUCCCAGGGGACAGUGGGGUGGACCAACUAGUCGAGAUCAUCAAGGUGUUGGGGACUCCCACACGCGAGCAGAUUCGUGAGAUGAACCCCAACUACACUGAGUUCAAGUUUCCUCAAAUUAAAGCCCACCCGUGGACUAAGGUGUUUCGGCCGAAGACCCCUCCGGAGGCGAUUGCUCUGUGUUCUCGAUUGCUGGAAUACACACCUACAGCGCGACUUACCCCUCUGGAGGCCUGCGCCCACGCUUUCUUCGAUGAGCUGCGUGUACCAACCCUCAAACUCCCCAAUGGCCGAGAGAGACCACCACUCUUCAACUUUACCACACAAGAGUUGUCUAGUAACCCAUCGCUGGCGUCCAUACUCAUCCCUGCACACGCCCGCAACCAGGCUGGAGCCACUCCUCCCUGUAACGCCUCUUCUACUGCAGAUGCUAGUAGUGGUGAACGCGGCCCAACCACCAAUGCUGCCUCUGCCUCCGCCCCCAACCCUUCGACUUGAGCCCCACCCACCUCUCAACAGGCGAACCCCAUGAUGCUGCUCAUUAACCACGCCCACUCCCCUCAAGUCUGCGGCGUGGCUGCUAAAAAAGAAAUAAAGAAAGAACGAAAGAAAGAGCGAAAGAAAGAAAAAAAAAAAACAACUCAUGAUGAGACACGGACAAACCAACUGAACUUUGUAACUUCCUCUCCCCUCAACCUUCACCAUUGUUUAUUUUUAUUGUUGUUUUUUUAUUUAUUUAUACAAAAGGACAACAAGGAUAUCUUUAAAAGCCUCUCGUCAGUUCUUGGCUCGGGGACAAGAGGAAUUGACUGUGGAGAAGUUUGAUGAUAAUAUAUAUGUCUGCUUAUAUAGAGAUACAGAUUAUAUAGAGCGACAAAUAUGCUUUUUGUGUGUCUCCUUUGAUUCUUAUUUUUUUAAAAGGGUAAUUGGUUCACAGUAGCCUUCGUUGCCGCCCUUCUAGUGAUUAUAGUGAAUGUGGAUUUCUUCACCUUAGCCCCUACCUUGUGACCCUUGCCCUUUGAUGCAGGACCCAAGAGAACAAAGUAUGAGUGUCUGCCUGUGUGUGGUCCUGGGCAGAAAUGAUGGUGUCGAUGGUCAGUACAGUAGAGCUGAACUGACGCAUCUUAGAGUAAAUGUGCUGAACUAGGAUCGUUUCCACAAGUUCAUUAGGAUCAUAAGGGCAAAAACUGAUCCCAGAUGAAAUAUGCUUUAUGCAUAUAUCAACAGUUCUAGCAGUUUUUUCUCAUAAUGGUUAAGGUUAUGAUCUGAGUUGGGUUUUCUGAUCCCAGAUCAGUUUAUAAGGGCUAUUUCCACCUGCGACAUCGUUAAAGUGGGCGGGAGCAGAUUUCCAAGGCUUUGUGAACUGUAUAUUGGUUUCCUGUGAAACACCUUGUCCAUAACGUUGCCUUUUCACUUCUGUGUUGGGUUGAUGUGUUGUACUCUUUGCUUCAAUGGUAUGCUGCUUUAUUCAUUCUUUAUUCUUUGUUUUUUUUUUAAACAUGUUUGAAGGAGUAUACCUCUGUUUUCACCUUUCCCUCCUCCACAUGCUAGUCUUCCCUUCGUUUACUGUGUACAGUCACCCUGAAAUGCUUCACUGAACUGUACGUAUGUGCUGACUGUGCAUACACCAAAUCCUGGUUCAUUUUGUAUUUGUGUGUAUGUGCGUGCAUGAGCACGCAUGCUGUAUGUCUACUGUAUUCAAAACACACAGACCACUCAAGGUGUCUGUCAGGAGGGAAAAAAAAAUGACGAGGAACAAAGUUUAAAAGCGAAGAUCAGGGCUGAACCUAAUCAACUUAAUCUCAAGCUGUAUAUAAGUUUCCUCCCCAGCCAUAGAGUCCAAAAAGGCCAGCAGAGCCAUGCAGUUUAUGUAAUAGUUUCGGAGUGCCUUUGCUUCCACGGAUUCUGUUUCUCUGUCCUGGUCUUUGUAGAACUCCACCUUUCCCACUGAUCUUUGACCUGUUUUAUGUUCUCCCUUAUGAGACUCAUAAAGGCUGAAGGUGCAGGGGGGAUAUUCCUUUCAAAAUAGCAUUAAGAGAUCAUUGUGAAUUGCCAUUGCUGGGCGGUGAACAGAUUGUGUUGCUGAAAGAAGCCAGUUCUCUCUCAACGCCAAAUAGACAGCAUCAAAAACAGAUUUGCCAAUUUGCUGCUGAUCUGAGACUGGUUAUAUGCGCUCUUCUUGGAUUAAGGUUGAGUUUGCUUGGAUCUGGUUGAGCUGGUCCUGGUCAGCGAGAACGGACGACCCUCAGAGCUUAUGGACCUCCCUGGAGUGCUGUUGAAAGGCUGCUGCUCUUCUUCUCUUGUUUCCACUUCAGCCACUGCUAGCUGUUAGUACAUGGCUGUAGUCCUGGUCUUGCUGCCUGUGCCAUGUUUGUGUUUUUGGGCUUGUAUUUACAAUAAGGGGCGUUGUGGGGUGCUGUGGUUCUGGAUUUUUUUUAAUAGCAAGCUGUCUGGAUUUGUUUAGGGCAAAGGAAUUGCAGCUCAACUCACUGCACCUGGCUGAGCCCAGAAUUGGCUGGAAUCUUAGUUAAUACACACCUUUUGGUCUAUUCCAGAUCCAGCUCUGUUCCUGGAGGACUUCAGUCCAGCACAAUUUUUUUGGUUUGCCUGCUCGAAGGCUUGGGGUGUCCAGUAGCUCAGUGAUAGGAGAGGUAAGUCAGCAACUGGAAAGUAGGUUGUAAUCCCAGGACUGACUUGAUAUACUUGUUUGUGCCCUUGGUCAAGGCAUGUAGUCCUCUACUGACCCAGACAGUGCUACUGUGCUGUUGACACGGUGCUGCUCUCAGACUGGAUGUAGUUAGACAACAAAAUUGCCAAUUUCCCCCUGUAGGAACAGUAUAAGGAUAAUAACAAACAAACCUGAUGCAAGUUGUUUGCAGUUGUAUAUGUGUUUGAGCAGGAAAAUCUCCAAACUGUGCUGGACCAAGACCUUCAAAGACCAGAGCUGGACACUCCUGGUCUGUUUAAUUGUAUUUAUCAGGAUGUAAAAGGGCAAAACCUGAUCCUGGACUAAUAUAUAUGUUUAAUAUGUUAAAACCCUGCCUUAAAAGAGUUGUUUGUUAAAAUACAUGGCCUGUUGUUGGCACAGGCAGCCUUUAAUGAUGUCUUCUAACAGUUUAUUAAUAAUUCAGUUCAGAGAAUUCAAAUCUAGAAUCAGAUCUUGCUCUCUCCAUCCUCGUGCCACUCACUAUGAAUUGAUGUACAGACUAAUCCGCUGGCUAGACUAUUAACAGAAGGAAGCAGAGUUGGGCAUUGUUUUGUUUUUUUAACCCCUCCGAUGGUGCUCUUAUGUUAUCAUCCCCUUUCCCCUCGCUGUAGUUUUACUUAUAAUGAGAGACUUCAUGGCGUGGAGUUUGACAUUUUGAGUCUGUUAGCUUCAUCCUUUUAGCCAUAAUUGAAAAUGUCUCUGUUUUAAGGGUGUACUUGUUUAGGGAGUUUUAAAGUAGCUGUUAUUGCAGUUAUUUUUGUGUUUGUGUUUUUUUUUAUCCUCCAACCGUUAAGAAAGGGAUAUAAAAUGAUGUCAUGCUCUGCAGUAUUACCUGAUCAACUAUGGCAAUAAGUAUUACACAAGUGGAUGAUUUUUUUUUUCUAUGUCUACAAAGCUGUAACAUACGCUUUCAGCAGCACUCAAAGGGAGAGAUGUCAUGUAGCACUAAGUACAUAAUUAAAAGAAUAAUAAUAAUAAUAAUAACACAUGUAAGCGUAUGUAAAUGCUUUCUGCCUGUAAAAUCUACAGCCAUAAAGAUGUCGCUUCCUAAACGACUGCGAAACGGAGAUUACAUUUAUAGUGACGUUUCAGCGAAGAUCAUAACCUGUCAGUCACGCAGGUUGAAUGAAAAAUGCUUUAAAAAGGAAAAAAAUAUAUAUAAAUAAAGGAAAAAAUGGUUGCUGCGUAUUCGGACAUAAACUUGUGUAUAGCUGUUGGCAGUCAUAAGAGACUUUAUAACUACAGACAAAACGACUAUGACAUUGCUAUUACUUGAAUGCCUGUUGACUAAAUUUUUUUUUUAUAUACAUAUAUCUAUAUACAUAUAUAUAAAUAUAUAUAAUAUAAUUUCAUCCAAACAGAUCUGUUUGUUUUCCCUCCUGUGAUGGUUAUGCUAAAUGUCUCUCCCUGUAAAUACCGUUCUGUUCUUCUGUGUAAAAUGGUUCAGAGAAGUAGUUACCCGGUACUGUAAUUUGCAUUGAAUAAAGUGUAGGUUAGCCUGAAAACA